AAUAUGCCACCAACAAAUAAUACUUAUUAUACUUCACAACGUUCAAUAACACCAUCAUCUGAUUAUAAUAUGUCUGUAGCACGUGGUAUUCGAUUAACAUCUGUACCAACGAAUGCUUAUGGAACAUUACCAGUUCAACAACGAAUAUUUGUUCCAUCUUCAACAAGUGAUCUUACAACAGGUAUUAAUAAUAAUACAAUGAGACUUCAAUCAACACCACCUCCAUCAUCUGUAACUCCUCAUUAA